AUGCUCGAUAUCACAGUUGCAGGGAAUCAUCGCGAGAUUGGCCUUGCAGUGGGUCAACAAGCUGCAGCCCAAGUAGCUGGAUCUAUUGAAUUCUAUCGUGUUUUGUUUAAGGCCUUUAAUGAUUUGGAAUGGACAACGGUGAGAAAGCGAACUCUUGAAUUCGUGCCACACCUCAAAUCCAACUUCCCUCGAUACUAUGAGGAGAUGGAGGGAAUCGCAGAGGGUGCUCAGGUGGACGUUCUCGACGUCGUUGCCUUGAACAUCCGAAGCGAGAUCGCAUUUGGACUCUUCGAAGAGAGCUCAAGGCGGCCCAUGGCAAUCGCAGCAGUUGAUACGGCUGUGGAUGGCUGUACCACAUUGGGCUGGAAGACUCCCAGCGGAUCGACGUUUCUAUCGCAAAAUUGGGACUGGAAGAGCAGGCAGAAACCAAAUUUGAUCAUUCUACGUGUCAAACCUCAAGGCGUUCCCAAUCUGGAUCUACCAGCUUUCCAGAUGAUCACAGAGGCUGGCAUCAUUGGAAAAAUUGGAUUCAAUGAGCAUGGUGUUGGCUGUCUUCUCAAUGGGAUCCGCGCCAAGGGUGUUGAUCCAGGACGCAUGCCUAUUCACUUUGCUCUGAGGACAAUCCUAGAGUCCAAGACGAAAAGGGAGGCUUUGGGUAAGAUCGAAAUCGUGGGGCUGGCCGGGAGCAGCCACAUUCUCUUGGGGGAUAGCACCGGUCCGACUGGCCUCGAGUGCACUAGCAUUGGAUUCAAGGAGCUUCCGGCCGAUGAUCAAGGUCGAGUAGUUCAUGCGAACAAUUUGAUUUUGAAGCACGAGGGUGUCUUCGAGCCUCUCUGGCUCGAGGAUUCACCUAAGCGAACUGCUCGGAUGCAGGAGCUUGCAACCCCCGAGGUUGGCAAGAAAGCUGACUUCGAAACUCUUCUGGAAUUGUUCAAGGACGAGCAGAACUAUCCAGCAUCUAUCAAUCGGAAGCAAUCCGGCAACAACGAUUCCAACACUCUGUUCAACGUUGUGUAUAAUCUGACAGAAAGGAAGGGAGUCAUUACCAUGGGCCGAACGACGGAGAUUGAAGAACAGAUUGAGAUUGGAUUCUGA